GGCAGCAUCUGCUCCCUCUCUCACUUUAUUCCUCUCCCAUUCUAACAUUCAGUCCUGCAGUUGCGCACGCGGGCUGGGUGCUCCCGCCGGCACGAGCGCAGCAGACAUCUGAGGAGCCCGCUUGGUGUCAGAGGAGCCGAGGGAAACAAAAAAAGCUCUGCCAACAACAAACCCUCCAAGGCUCUGACACUCAAAGGAUUUUACAGCGUCCAUAAACGAGUCCAGAAUAACUUUCCCCCAGUCUCUACAGUCCGUUGUUUCUGUCUUUUUCCUUUUUUCACUGGUGCAGCUCGGUCAGCACCUGAAUGCCUCCUCAGCAUCUUCAGGCUCUCAGCAUCAUCACGCAGGGAUCCGCACACAGUCAGCAAACAAUGACUGGAAUGAAGCUGGAUUUGCUUUCCUCUGAAGAUCUGCAGGUGGACCCAGCGUCUGAUGCCUGCUGUGUUUCGCAAAACAGAACUGAUUGCAUCCCUGUGAAAGACUGAGGGCGAGAGGAGAAGUGAGUGUGAGUGUGAGGAGGAGAGGGAGGGAGGAGGUCUGCAUUGGAUUUGCCUUCCUUGAAGGUGAGAAAGUCUAUUAGCAGCUGUUGGAGGAUUAUCAGGUUCAGACUGCCACUCCCUGGAGGACAAAAUGUACAUAUGUUACAUAAAGACUUACACUGGGACCACUGAUGAACCGCAUCAUGAGUCCAGCUGACUCAUAGGAUCUGGUAUGAAACGGGGCGGACUGUGCCUUGCCUCCAGAGAUUUGUAUUCCUGUUCACAAAGCGGUGAAGAGGAACCGGAUGUCAUGUUUUUGGAGGGAAUUUUCCAGCUGUUCGGAUUCAGAUUUUUUGAUGUAUUUUUUUUUUUGCAAAGUAAGAAGAAUCUUUGAACAGGUUUCCUCGAGGACCAAGGAAAAACAAGACUUUUAUUCUCUCUAUGAAAACUCUUUGUUCCAUUUUAAACCAUGACACAGCCGGGGGGUAAGAAAGCAAGACAAUCCAAGACACAAGCUUAUCAUACGUCUUUACUGCCCCUCCUGCUGUGGGUUUUCCCCAGCUAGGAGAACAGCAUGGAUCGGUCCCCGGUUCAGCAGUCUGGUCAGCCCAGCUUCUCUCCCCUGCUGCAGUACGGCAAUGCUCAGGAAAGAUUCAACCUCACAAAAAUCCUCCACAGCUCUAUGAUGCUGCCUUCCACUCUCAGCUCGCCCACCGCCUCCAUCCAUCAACCUCUACCCUCUCUGCUGCCCUCUUCCCUCAUCCCCUACUCCUCCUUCAUCUCCUCCCCUUUAUUCUCCACCCCUACCCCAUCCUUUCAGCAAACAUCCACUUUUGUGUACCGACCCACCGCCUCCUCCCUCCCUUUCUCCCUGUCCAGCUUUUCCCCCAAUGACUUAGCAGACCUGGAGAGCAUGCUUCUCUGGACUCUCCACGAGCCCAGCACGAUAGCUCUCACCAUCAUGUACUGCUUGUCUUUCAUUUUGGGAUUUAUAGGGAAUUUAAUGUCCCUGCGAGUCCUCACCAGCAGGCGGAGCAGGCGGCUUGCUGGUGUCAGCGCAACACGUAAUCUUCUUGUGAACCUGGCAGUGUGUGACCUUGCUGUGGUGUGUGUUUGCAUGCCCAUCACCUUGGGAAGCCAGAUCUACACAGCCUGGGUAUACGGAGACCUCUUGUGUCGAGCUGUGCCGUUCACACAGGCGGUCUCAGUCUCAGCCAGUGUGUUAACCCUGACUGUGAUCAGUGUGAACCGCUACUACAGUGUGCGAUCACCCCUACGAGCUCGCUCCAUAUUUACCCGCCGGCGAAUCUUGGCGACUGUCGCUGUGGUGUGGAUUUUAUCUUUUAUCAUAUGUGCGCCUAUCACGGUGAUGAACCGGCGACGGGAGAUCAGCUUUGGGACUUUUGCCAUCCUGGUGUGUCAGGAGGAGUGGCCUCAGCAUCGCCUUAAACAGGGAUACAAUGUGCUGCUGUUUGUGAUGCUCUAUUGCCUGCCCGUGACCUUUAACCUCACCAUCGGCUUCCUGACUGGAAGGCGGCUUUGGGGAGGAAAGAGAUCCACGUUCGCUGAUCUGGAUCCUCGCAGCCAAGCUCUGCAUGCUUCCCGUCUCAAGACUCGCCAAAAGAUCGCGAAGAUGGUGGUGUGUCUGGUGCUGCUGUUCGCCGUGUCCUGGCUUCCGCUCUACUUGGCUGACCUUUGGAUUGAUUGCGAUCAAAGGCCGCCGUCUUGGCUCCUGCAGGCGCGGCCGUUUGCCCAGUGGCUUGGUUUGACAAACUCAAGCCUCAACCCCAUCUGUUACUGUUUCAUAGGGGAUCUGUACCGCUCCGCCAAGGUGAUACGGACGAGGUACUACCAGAAAGUGGCGUCUCUCUUUGGCUCGGCGUCGUUCUCAAGCUCAGUUGCAGUGACAGCUCCUGUCACAGUGACUCAGGACACCAAAGUAACUUCUGCUGAGCGUCACCAUAUUGCAGCGGCUGCAGUUGUAGCAGCGUCUGCGUCCAUUGUGACAGUCCCCAGGCUGCUCAGCUUGGCUAGAGGCCAGGGGAUGGUACAGAAGGUCGGAGACAGUUCAGACAGCAGAGUGGGAUCCGACCACAGUAUCUCAGACUGGUGUCGGUCCAGUCCCAGCGUGUGUGACAGCUCCUUGUUCAACUGCCAGCUGCACACACUUCACACCUCCAUGCACAAAGCAGACUUCCUGCCAAUGAGAAGACACUCUGUGAACGAGAACGCAGGAUCGUUCGCUUUAAGAAUGGAGUCUGUGGAAAUAGACAUUACACCGUUCAGGAGUUUUUCAGGAGACAGAAUAUAUGGUCUGUCAAACGAUAAGAGGGACAUCAUUACCAUGGGCAGAGACGCUUUCUGUUACAGCCGGCAGCAUAGAAGCAAAACAUCACAAACUCACUCUCUGGUAGGAGACAGGGAGGAUGAAACCACUGACAUGACCAGCCUGUAAAAGCUGCAGAUCACCUGAUAUAUCAGCAGGGAUGCCUUUUUUUUUCUCUUCUAUUUUGUCACACACACAGCUCCUGAUGCACAGUUUGUAGUCUCCAGUGUGAGCUAAUCCCUCAGAAAAGCCAUUGUUUGACUUGAGGCUAAACUGACCGGGUCUGCACCCUCUUUCUGUCCCUCUGUUGUUCUCUAUUUGUGUCAAGGAAAAGCACAGGGGACCCAGAGCUGAUGUUUGCACCAAUCAGAUGGGCUUUUUGAGGUCAGGUGGAGGGAGCUAUGAUGGAGUGAACCCUGCAGGGAAAGAGUUGGAGUGAUAUUUAGCUCCAGGCUAGAGGGACAUUUUUCCAUAAAGAGGAUGAAUUGCAGUACCAGUGCGCUAUCACAUGCAAAGCACUUCAUAAGUGAUUCAGUAGCUCUUCACAGCUGGGUUUCAUUUGUGCUUAAAACAAUAACACAGCAGGAUGUAACUGUGUGAUAAGUUUGUUUAUCUUUUCUUUUCUUUCUUAUUGCUUCAUUAACGGUUCCAUUUGAUGCUCAUAUAAAGGCUCAGUUUUGUCACAGUGUAAUGCAGGAACGUGUUGUAUCACGCACAGAUAAAGCAUGCACGGAGGCUGUCUGACACGUCUGGUCUGGAUAAUGUUACCAUCACUGUCUGCGGUCUGUGAAAGAGACAUACAGAGGCAGCAGUUAUUCAUGCAUACAGUCGCAGAAAGGGAAUUCAAAGAGAUAUGAAAUAAACUGUACACGAAGCAGAAAAUCAAACUGUCAGAGUCAGUGAAUGGCUUAAUUUGCUCAUUUUUCUGUGGUAUCAAGACAUACAGGAUCCCAGAACAGGAAGAGGUGCUUCUAUCAGACAUAAUUUAAAGGGUCAGUUCACCAAAAACAAAGACAAAACGAAUGCACAACAAACUGUCACGUACCUUCUGUGGUUUCUAA